AUGGCAGAGGAGUCUCCACCAUCUUCGGCGACGCCUGUCGAACGCGCACGGCGCUCCCUCGUUCGCACAUCGUCGCACAGGCGUUCGGAGAGCGUCGCGUGUACCCGUAUGCUGUGGAACCUUAUCGCCAACGCCAACACGGUGCGGUUGAGACAUGAACAAGCGCAGCGACUCUGCAAGGUCGUCGGCAAGCAACCUACGGCGCUUCACCUACCGGCGCCUGCUGCCGCCGCCGAUGCAAUCGCAAGGGGCCUGGCGACCUCGGGAGCCUCCUGCCCAACCGUCCGCACCGCUCUCUCUUCGGAUACUUCGGCUGCACUUCAAACAGCCCUUCCCGGCGUUCCCAACACAGUCGGUAGGCCCAUGACUUCUUCCGCGCUCGUCUCUGACUCGCGGAACGUACCACUGCCGGUAGACACGGAACCUGAGCUCGAUGACAUGGACACUACGUCUACGCGCAAGCGUUCGCGUCCUAGCGAGUCGGGCAGCGACGACGAGGGUGCCUCGCGCAAAAUGCAAGCAGUAGCAACCGAACGUGUCACGGUUAUGUCGCCUACCGCACCGCCAAGUGAUACGGUUGCCGAGGAGCAACCCGACACCCCCGACGCCGAUGGAACCAACGAGAACGAGUUUCAGACCGUGUUCUCAAAAUCGCAGAAGCGUCGCCAGCGCGCCUCGACGGCUCCGCGACCAGUUGGGAACAUCGGCUCUCCCACCGCACCUGCGGCCACUCCUGCCGCGCACCCGUCUACUGCCCGCGUUGUCCCUGAGCCUGCCAAACCGCCCACUGCGACUCAGGCCGCUUCUACAGGAGUGCUUGCAGCUGCAGACACCAUGCUGCGCUCUGCCUUGUCGCCGCUGGAUUCCGGCACAGUUCUUUUCCGACCGGCCAACGCCGGUGCUUCCUUUCACCGCACCUCCCGCCUUGCCAUUGCGCAAGCUCUCUCUGCGCUGCCCGGCGUCAAGGAGGUGCGAGUAAACACGAAAAAGAACAUCGUGGCAGCCGACGCAUCUACAGCAGAAUUGAUGGAUCGCCUACUGGCCACGUCGGAGCUCGCGGGAAUACCCGUGACUGCCCGCCCUCCCGCUGACCGCUCACAAAGCAGCGGUGUGGUGCAGGGCGUCGACGGCGACUACACUGACGAGGCCCUGCUGGCUGCAGUGACGUCCGAGGUGCCGGUGAUUGCAGCCAGGCGACAAGGGACAUCACUGAUACUGCGGUUCGCUUCCCCCGUCCCUCCCGCCCGUGUCCACCUUUUUCGCAUGGCGUUCGAAGUGAGGCCAUCCCGGCCUCGUCCACUUCAGUGCCUGCGGUGCGGACGCUAUGGACACAUCACUGCAGCUUGCCGGAGACUAGAGCGGUGCCUGCGUUGCGGUAACCACCAUGGGAAGGACGCCAGCUGCACCAGCAAGGUUAAGUGCCUGCACUGCGGUAGGCCACAUUCAGCUGACUCCACGGAAUGCCAGCUGUGGCAAAGAGAGCGGCGCCUGGCCACCAUCAAGGCGUCAUCUCCCACGUACCUGCCUCAUCGCGAGGCUCAAGCAGCCUUGCGGUCAAGCUCUAGUGGGACGAGUGGUCCUCAACUAAACCAGACCACAGGCAAGAGCUACGCUGCAGCGGUGGGAGCUCCAUCGAAGGAUCCGCGCCCAACAGGCGCACAACAGCGGGAGCCGCCUGCUGGUCCCAAGAAGCAGGGCUCAGCCAAGCCUCGCCCACCCACGAAGGCAACCUCGCAGCCUCAUGCUGAUCAGGAGAACGCAAACCUGAGGCUCCUCUUAAGGGCAGUUGCGGACCUGCUGCCUCCUGAGAACCAGCUGCGCUCCAUCUGCCUUCAGGAGGUGUACGUAGCAACGGCCGACCUGCGACUUCCCGGAUACAUCGGCUACCAUAGCGCCACGUCAUGUAUCCUCGACUCGUGCCAAGCCGCGCCGUGCAUGGUGAGUGCACAUCCCCAGGGUCGACCACGAUGUGCGGUGUACGUGCGACGUGAACUACCACAAGCGAACAUUAACGUGGCCGAUGUCACUGGGGGUGCCCUCGAGUGUUGUGCUGUGACAGUGCGGUUACGUGGUGUUGAUACGACAGUGGCCUCUGUGUAUGUGCGUCCGGGACAGCGGUGGAACGCCGCUGAUCUGCUACAGCUGACGGCUCGACUCGGACACAACUACCUUCUAUGUGGUGACAUGAACGCUCAUCACACCAUGUGGGGGAGUCGCACCUGCUCGUCACGAGGAAGGGAUCUGGUGGACGUUAUCCAUCAACUGGGCCUGCAAGUCCUGAACACCGGGUCCUUCACCUUCGUCCGCAAAACAGGUCGACCCUCGUGCACCGCCAUCGACGUCAGCCUGGCUAGCGAGGGAGACCGGUCCCACUGGGCAACGCAGCCUGACUGCUGGGGUUCGGACCACCUGCCGAUCGUCAUCACACCGGCGGGAGGGAAGAUCCCAAGGACCAGGCAGUGCAGGACAGUCGAUUGGCGAGCUUUCCGGCAGCAGCUCAAAGAGGCCCCGAAGACACAGGACUUCCUGGAUCUGGUGGCAGCAGCAGCGCAAGCAGCCACAAUCCAGUCCUGGGUGCCCGAGAACCAUCCUGUGCCAGACCUCCGCCACCUGAACUUACGGGCUGCCAGACGCAGGGCUGAGAGAAAGUACCUAAAGGCCCAGCGCCCAGAUCAUCGAACACUUUUCAACCGUGUCGAUGCGGUAUGCCGGCGACAUGCCAACCGUCGCAGACGGCAGAGUUGGCAGGGCAUCUGCCACUCUCUUAGCCAGGCGAGAGGUGGCGCAAAAGCAUGGCGGCUUCUACGGUCUCUCGUCAUCGGACCAAUGGCGCGGCAACCCGUACUUGCAGUGGCCAUCCGCUUGGGCAUCAGUGAGCAAGAACUGGCAGAACGGCUGGCCGAUCGCUUCGCGGCACUGCCAUUAGCCCGACCUGCGGCCAUCACCACCACGCCUACCCCCAAGCCGCCGCAAGGCCACCACCCUGCCUGGACUGCCAGCCAAAUUGCAGCUCUGUGCCAGGAGCCCAUUUUCGAGCACGAGCUGAAUGCUGCUCUGGCCAGAACCAAGCGCCGAAGUGCCCCCGGCGCCGACGGCAUCACAUACGAGAUGCUGCGUAACCUGGACGUGGCUGCACGACAACGCUUGUUGAGGGCUUUCAAUGACGCUUGGCAGAGCGGCACCCUACCUGAGGCUUGGCUGACUGCUAUGGUGGUGCCCGUCCGGAAACAUGGCCGCUCUGGUGCAGCCAUUGCAUCCUACAGGCCCGUCUCUCUUACCUCUGCUGCCUGCAAGCUCAUGGAAGCCAUAGCUCUGCAGACAGGCUUCCGGCGCCACCGCUGCACAGCAGACUCAAUUGCGGACGUCGUCUCCACCCUGGAGGAGGCUAGGAGCAAGGGCGAGGUGGCCCUCCUUGUACUGCUGGAUGUCCAAAGCGCUUUCGACGGCCUGCCACAUAUGGUCAUAGAAAGUGCUCUGGACGCACUCGGCAUCACGGGCUUUCUGCGUGCUUUCAUCCGUGCCUUCCUAGCCGGACGGACCCUCCGGGUUAGAGUUGGACGCGCGGUCAGCGAUCCAAGGCCAGUGACAGCCGGCGUCCCACAAGGUUCUGUCCUGAGCCCCUUUUUGUUCAACUUGGUGCUGGCAGGGCUACCUGGAAUGCUACCGGUUGACAAGCGCUACCCCACGCAGUGCUCCUUGUACGCAGACGACGUGGCACUGUGGGUUAGGGGGCCCAGGCGCAACCUCACUGCCAUCAGGCGCUCCCUGCAACGCUCCCUGGAUGCUGUGACCUCUUUCUUCAGAACGAUCGGGCUGAUCGUGUCCCCCACGAAGACGGAGGCGCUGCUGGUUCACCCCAGAGUCGCUGCGCGGAGGGCCAUCCGAAGGCUUGUGUUGGGAGACCGGCCAAUCCCGUGGAGCAAGGCGGUGACGUACCUGGGGCUAAAGAUCGAUCACCGCCUCACUUGGAUACCAGCCGUCAAACUCGCGACCUUCAAGGCCACCAGGGUUCAGACUGCUGUGGGCAAGCUGUUGAGCAGGGGCCAAGGGUGCACCCCGCGACUGGCACUUCAGCUCUACCAGGGGGCUGCAACGGCAGUGCAAACCUACGCACUGCCUCUGGUGCAGCUGGCGCAACACCGCAAGGAGCAGUUGGAGCGGCAACACCGCAUGGCGAUUCGGCGCUUCAUGGGACUCCCGCGCCAGUCGCCCGUGGCUGCUUCAUUGGCAGAGGCCCAGACGUGGCCGCUGUCUCUCCUUAUGCUGCGACAGGCGCUGAAUCAUGUGGACCGUCUCCACAGGGCCCCAGGGGGCGAUGCCCUGCUACGGAGACUGCGGAGCCGACCAGCUUCACGAAUGGGACAAAUCUGCACACUCUAUGAAGAACUGGUGCCCGCGGCUCCCUGUCCUAUCCAGCCCCCUCCACCACACCAGCAGCCUCUGGACUUGCCUUUCGAGUUCCAAGAUUUCUGUCAGCCCAUGGCCGUUCAGAAAGAUGAAAGCUCUACACGCAAUUCAUCUGCGGCUGAUGAAACACGGGAGAAUCAAUGA